AUGUCGUGGAUAUAUGGUGUAUCUUUUCGCUCCUCUUCUAUGAAAGAGGGGGGCGUGUCGCCUUUGCCACUCCCAGGAUCGCUCGUCGUCGUUACAGAUCACAACGAUGCACGAGGGACGUUCAUCUACACUAAGGCAGCCAGUAUAAUAGCAAAACAGAGGAAUUCAGGUUCUUGUGGCGUGGAACGAUGCAUCUUCAUCAGUUUGAUGGAAGACAUCGAACACUGGAAAGCGAUAUUGACGAAGAACAGUGUCAAUUGUGAAAAGGCCAGCGGCGAUGGGACGCUGGUGUUUGUCGACUUGCUGUCGAGCAGGGCGGAGGAAGAUAGCGCUAUACUUUCACGACUAUUUACGAAGCUGGAAGUAGAGCUAUCCAAACCUCAAGGAACCACACUGGUAAUCUUGGACGACCUGGCGCAUAUGACAUGGACAGGAGAGGAUGAAGGUACACUAGUGAAAUUUCUGUCUUCUCUACGAAGCCUGUGCAGAAAGGCUGGAGCCGCCCUCAUCGUCGGGUAUCGAACACUCUCCGCCGGUUCUCCUGACGAAGCGGCGCAUCGCUACCUAUUGUCCACGUGUACACUCCACCUAGCGUGUCGACCCCUGAGUAGUGGGAGGAGCGGUUCAGUCUCUGGCGAGCUCGCAGAGGCCCUGAAGCGUGGCCGGAGGAAGUGUUGA